CUUCAUGCCUCCAUAUCUCGUUGGUGCUAGACAAGAACAUAUGCAAGUAUUCUGAAAGAUUAUAUUGGUGCACACUUCUAAGUAAGACAUGGUUCAAGUUGUAUUCGUCCAUCCUGACCUUGGCAUUGGUGGUGCUGAGCGUCUUGUAGUUGAUGCUGCUUUGGCCCUCAGGAGAAAGGGUCAUGAUGUCCAGUUUUUCACUGCCCAUCAUGAUCCUGGACACUGUUUCCCAGAAACCAGGGAUGGCCAGUUAGAAGUGACAUGUAUAGGAGACUGGCUCCCUCGUUCAACUUUUGGGAUGCUAGCAGCUUUUUGGGCCUACAUACGAAUGAUAUAUGUGUCAUUAUACCUAGUAAUGUUCAGUGGCAUAAAGUAUGAUGUUGUAUUUGUAGAUCAGGUAUCUGCUUGCAUACCAUUCUUAAGAAUGAAAGGUGGUACAAAGAUAAUUUUCUACUGUCAUUUUCCUGAUCAGCUUUUGACAGAGAGAAAAUCUUUUCUUAAAAAAGUUUAUAGGUAUAUUUUGGAUACUUUAGAGGAAAAAACAACAAGUCAGGCUGAUUGUGUUUUAGUAAAUAGUCACUUCACUGCAAGUGUAUAUAAGGAGACCUUUAAAUCUAUCAAAACUUCUCCAUCAGUUUUGUAUCCAUCAUUAGAUUUUGAUAAUUUUGAUAAAUAUUCAUCAUUGACUUUAAAAGAUGUUGAUUUAGAUCUUGAUAGUGAGUGCAUAUUCCUUUCACUAAAUCGUUAUGAGCGAAAGAAGAAUGUCAGUUUAGCAUUGCAGUCCAUGAAACUU